AUGGAGCCCCAAACAGCAGAGACGUCCACCGCAACCGCCGUGUUCCGCCUGCUCUUCCCGUCCUCAAAAGCCGGGUCCUUGAUCGGAAAACUGGGCUCCGUACCCGGCGCCAAGGUCCAAUUCGAUUACCCGACCCACGGCGACGAAUGCGUCGUCGUCGUCCUCGCCGACCCGGCUCCACAGUCGCCGAGCUCCCAGUCCCCGGACGGGUCGCCGGCCCAGCUGGCCCUGGUUAGGGUUUUUAGGAGGAUGGCGGACGAGGUGGGCGAACCCGAAAAAGGAAACGGGUCGGGUUGCUGCUGCAGGUUGUUGGUUGGGAGUGGUCAGCUUGGGAGAGGAGGGAAGGUGGUGGAGAAGGUGAGGCAGGAGAGUGGGGCCCAAGUUCGAGUUUUUGCAAGGGAUCAGAUUCCGGCGUGUGCUUCUGCCGGAGAUGAGUUGAUUCAGAUAACAGGAGAAUUUUCAACUGUGAAAAAAGCACUUCUGUCUAUUUCUGGUUGUCUUCUUGAAAAUUCGAAGGUAGAUGCAGCCAACUCUAGUGCCACCAAAGUUUCUGGGGGUUCAAUCCAUGGAACUGGUAUGCCUGCACAAGUUGACCCUGUUCCUCAUCGGGGAUUAGGUAGCCAACGAAUGGCUAUGGAAGAAGAGGUGGUAUUUAAGUUGUUAUGCCAUCAUGAUAAGGUUGGUAGUCUGAUAGGGAAAGGUGGCUCCAUUGUACGGACUUUUCAAAAUGAAACGGGUGCAUCUAUUAAGAUUGUUGAUGCUGCACCCGAUUCCGAUGAACGGGUUGUUGUCAUAUCUGCACAAGAGAAUCUCGAGCAAAACUUUUCCCCAGCACAAGAAGCUGUUAUGCGUGUGCAUCAUCGAAUUGCAGAGAUUGGGUUCGAACCUGGUGCUGCAGUAGUGGCUAGACUACUUGUACAUCCACAGCAGAUAGGUUGUCUAUUGGGUAAAGGAGGUUUCAUUAUUAAUGAAAUGAGGCGAGCUACUGGUGCUAGUAUUAGAAUCUUUCCAAAAGAACAAGUUCAUAAAUUUUCUUAUCAUCAUGAUGACGUUGUACAGGUUAUUGGAAGUUUCCAGUCUGUUCAGGAUGCACUCUUUCAUGUAACAAGUAGGAUACGUGAAGCCAUAUUACCCGGGAAACAAACAUAUCCAAAUUUUGGUGCCCCUCCGCACAUGUCUUCGUUUCCUGAGAUGCCACCCCCUUCCUUUAGACCGAGGCAUAAUCCAACCUCCCCUGGUGCUUACCCUUCACCUGUUGGAUUCCAUCAUGGAAUGGAUCGUUCUUUUCGAUCCCAACCUCCAGACCACCAGUCCCCAUUCUCACACGGGGAUCACGGUGGACUAUCUCACAUGGACCGAGUUCCACAUUCUUAUGGUGGAGAGCGUCCAGGACCGGGUCCGGCAUUUGAGAAAUCUUCUCCAAGAGCGUGGACGGGUGAUGCUAGUUUGGGCGUGGCUCCAAGGAGUGGGUCUCUACGAAGCGGCAGUCAACCACCUCAGUUAACCAGCACAUCCAUUGAGAUCAUGAUUCCUCAAGCGUUCAUGAGUCACGUUUAUGGAGAGAACAACAGUAAUCUGAAUCAGAUUCGGCAGGUAUCAGGUGCAAAUAUAGUCAUUCAUGAUUCGAAACCCGGAUCUUUGGAAACCCAAGUUGUAGUAUCCGGCACCCCAGAUAAAACACAUGCUGCUCAGAGCCUUAUACAUGGUUUCAUCCUUUGUGGGCAGACACAAGUUUGACGCUCUAAUCUGUCUAUUUCAAGGUGCGCAUCCAUCAUUGAAGAAUGGAGUGUUGAUAUGGAAAUGUCCUCCUGCACACACACAGUCAAUGUAAUGUAAUGUUUAUAUCAUUCCAGUUUUUUAAUUUUAUUUUUACUUUUAAUAUUCCUAGUCUUUUAUGAGUCUUGAUUCAAUUUCACUUGUGUUUUCGACCAAUAAAGAAGAAAAAGAAACUUGUUUUGUACAAGCACC